UUCCUCCCUCCCCCUUCGUCUUCCAGUGUAGUGCGUUGAUUUCAUACCAAAGUCAUACUUAACAUUCCAGUUAUACUGUCAAAGCUCUGAGAAAUAUUACGGAAAACAGCAAGGCGCCAAAAUUACGGCAAAGUCACUAAAGUGAGCCGCUGUUAACAGAGGCACAGAGGCGAAUAAAAAAGUUCACCUGGAUCCCAGACAUCCAGGCUCGUUCCUCCACAGAAGUUCAAAACCCGCACAGACACACGCAGAAAAACACACGCACGGUUUGGAGGAAUACACCAGCUUCAGUGUGGUUUGGAUCUGUGCUUCCUAAAAGAUCCACUACAGAUCCUUUGAUAUUAGAGCUCGGGGUUAGGCCCAGUGGGAGCCGCCACCAUUGCGUCCAACGAGUGGAGUGCCAACGGUAGCCCAGAAGAUGGGCUGGACGGGGACACCGGAGACAAGACCAUGGACGGGGACGCCGAGGGCGUGUGGAGCCCAGAUAUCGAGCAGAGCUUCCAGGAGGCCCUGGCAAUUUACCCUCCGUGCGGCAGGAGGAAAAUCAUCCUCUCAGAUGAGGGAAAGAUGUAUGGUCGCAAUGAAUUGAUUGCACGCUACAUCAAGUUGAGGACAGGCAAAACCAGGACGAGAAAACAGGUGUCUAGUCACAUACAGGUGUUAGCACGGAAGAAAGUUCGCGAGUACCAGGCGGGUAUAAAGGUUUCUAGCCACUUGCAGGUUCUCGCCCGGAGAAAAUCUCGCGAGAUCCAGUCAAAGCUAAAGGCAAUGAAUUUGGAUCAGGCAUCUAAAGACAAAGCCCUCCAGAACAUGGCAGCUCUGUCUUCUGCACAGAUUGUCUCACCUAGUAUAAUAAAGAAUCACCUUCCUCCGCUGCCUCCUGCCCCUUACCAGCCCCCAAGAUUCUGGCCUGCUCCAAUUCCAGGACAGCCUGGACCGUCUCAGGAGCUGGUUCUAGAUCUCAACCCGGGAAGGACUCCUGGGCUUGUCCGCACCAGCCAUGCUAUUAAACCUUUUGCACAGCCACCAUACCCAAGCCUGUCGGGUCCUGUUCCACAGUCCAUACCAAGUUACGAGCCCUUGGCUCCUCCACCUGCACCGUCUGCCACUGCAGUGCCCGUGUGGCAGGACCGCACCAUCGCUUCAUCUAAGCUGAGGAUGUUGGAGUACUCAGCCUUCAUGGAGGUGCAGAGAGACCCCGACAAUUACAGCAAACAUCUGUUUGUCCAUAUUGGACAGACCAACCCCUCCUACAGUGACCCACUCUUGGAGGCCGUGGACAUCCGGCAGAUCUACGACAAGUUCCCUGAAAAGAAGGGCGGACUCAAGGAACUUUAUGAGAAAGGGCCUCAGAAUGCAUUCUUCCUUGUUAAAUUUUGGGCGGACCUGAACAGCAGCGGGAUGCAGGAUGGCCCUGGUUCUUUUUAUGGCGUCAGUAGCCAGUACAGCAGCACUGAGAACAUGACGAUCACUGUUUCAACCAAAGUCUGUUCGUUUGGAAAGCAGGUGGUGGAGAAAGUGGAGACAGAGUACGCCCGUUUGGAGGGAGGAAAGUGUGUUUACAGAAUCCACCGUUCUCCAAUGUGUGAAUACAUGAUCAACUUUAUCCACAAACUGAAACACCUACCUGAAAAGUACAUGAUGAACAGCGUUCUUGAAAACUUCACUAUCCUCCAGGUGGUGACGAACCGUGACACCCAGGAGACUCUGCUCUGUAUAGCUUUCGUGUUUGAGGUUUCCACCAGCGAACACGGAGCGCAGUAUCACGUCUACAGACUUGUUAAAGACUAACUGCUCUGCAGAAUGUUUCUUUCUUUUUCUUUUUUUUUUUUUUUGGAAAAGCCACGUGACAGCAUGGUACAAUCUGUCUCUUCAGCCAGCUGCACCAUCCAGGACAGAAAGAACCAGAGAGUAAACACUGAAACAACUCUAGGUCAAAAAACCUACAGAGUUCACGCUUUUCACACCCGAAGAAAACGAGUGGAUCUCAGCGUGCUGACGUGCAGAGAAAUAUCUGAAGAAACACCUUUUUUAUUCAUUAAUAAUAAUAACAACACUGUUCAUGUGUUUAAACAUGCUAUAGAUGAAGUGGGUCACUUCAGACAAGGUAUUUGAUGGAUUUACAAACGUUUCGUUGAGGGAUAAAGAAUGUUUUUGGGGAGCUGGAUAGUAUCUAUGAACACACUCUGAGUGAUAGAAACAAAUGGGCGUGCUAGAAAGAGAGAGAGAGAGAGUUAAAGUUAAGAGAGAGAGAACUGCUGACGAGUGGAAACCAGAAACAAGUGACAUUGCAGUAGGUUUGUCAGGAAAGCAAGUGCCUUUUCUCCAAAGAUCUUUAUCGUUGCCUGCCACCUUGGAUUGCCUUUUAUUACUACCUCUUGUUUUUGAAUAAAAUUUAAACAGUUACAAAGUUGUAUUUUGUAAGAAAAAAAGGAAGAUUGGAAUUAGAUUUGAGUAUUCUAAGGCAGUUUUUGUAUUUGGGCACACAGGAACGGGAUGUGAUGACUAAUUUUUCAUGUCGCUUGUCGUUUUACACAAAGUGCUUUUACAGUGUACAAGGAGAAGGUUUUUAGUGUUACCGUAUUUUUAAACUGUUUUUUUUUCCUAGUGUUUUCAUACAGGUUUGUGAUAUUAAACAAAGUCAGGUCUUACAAGCAUCUAUCUUUAACUUCCUUUUGACACUAAGGAUGCCUUGUGUCAUUCGUAGCCUGACGUGGAGCCAAGGCUUUAACGUCCUUACGAGAUCCCCAAGGUUUUUAUUCUCUGAAGACGCGUGCUCGGUUGCACUUAAAAGAUCCAGAAAUUGGGGUUGAAUCAACAGCAGUGCUUAUUUCUGCCUUGAGUUAUGUAGCCUAAUAUUUUUUUUUUCUGUACUGUGAGUCAUUGGAUGCUAAAGGAAUAUGUGUUACAUAGGAGUAUUUUAUUCUGAGGGAGAAAAUUAAUGUUCAUAUUUGUGAUCAUUUAACUCAGCACUCAACUCAAGACCAUGGCUAAAAGUGAGAAGUAAAUCACUGUUUCUUUUGUUUAAAAAAGAGAUUGUAUGCUGUGAAGAUGGCUCGUUUGCUCUGCCCUUCUCUGUGUGAUACGUGGAGAAACUGCAUUCAUUUAAAAAACGUAUGGCUAUUUGAGACAUUUGUUGAGCGACAAAACACUAAAGGUAAAUAAUGUUGGACUCAAGCUCAACAGCAUUGGAGCGACCGCUAGUGUCUCUGUGCUGGGGAGCAUGACCAUUGAUUGUUAUUUAUGGGGUUGGUUCAAAUGUAGUGGGGGGGAGGUGGGGUUCAGGAGGUGUGUUAUUCAUCGUCCACAGUGGUGGAGAUGUUAAAAGUAUUGCAGGACCUGAAGUAGAGACCGUAUAGACUGUUAUCCCCGGGAUCCUGACAGUCACUGGGGGAGCUCUACGUAGUUUACUGUACGAUCGUGCUAGACAAACACAAAUUGUACCUUGGAAUAAUAAUUGCAACUGGCCUUGAAUGUCAUAUUUCACCAUACAAGAACAACAACACUCCUGUAGCCGGUGUCUCAGUUUAUCUAUUAUACAGAUGUUUUCUUUAUUAUCAAGACUGUUGUUUUGUUGGCUUUUUUGACUUUCAGUGUUUGCCAUUUGCUCCACUGAAAAAAUAUUGUGUGACUGUGCUGAUAUUGGAAAAUAAUAGUGAGAUAUCUAAUGUAUCAUAUUCUGAAUGGUGUGGGUAUUUUUUGUUUUGUUUGUUUAUUUUUUUUGGUUUACGGUGGUUUAAUAUUGUCUUUGUUACCAUUGUGCAUUGCAAUUUUAUACUUCAAAGUAGAGGUUGGACUAUAUAAUCAAACAAAUAUAUCUAACAAUCAUAGACGCAUGGUACCUUUGGGGCCACCCCCCUCCUCCUGAAAAAUGUAUUAAACGUGUUUGUAAAUUA